AUGGCGUCGGCCGAGAGCAACCACCUGCAGGAACUGCGACGAACCGAGGACGUCCAGGCACAGCCAGCGGAUAACGCAGCACCAGAAGCACCAAAAUCACCGGCCCCAGCACCGGCCCCGGCUGCACCCGGACCCAGCAUCCAGCAGAGCCACCCGACCCAUCGCCUCCGGAACGUCCGGCUAGGCAACAACAGCGUCAUGUUCUAUGUAUCGUCCAAGGAUCACCUGUACGACGUGGAGGAGCUGGAGGCCGGCGACGGCGCCUGGCACUCCGUCGGCGUCUGGGAGGAUCCCACCAUCCAGCAGGGCAUCCGCGACCUGCGCCAGCGCCAGCUCGCCAGCUCGGCGCUUCAGGCCCCCGCUGCUGCCGCCGCCGCCGACGGCGACGCCGCGCAGAGGGACCAGAGCCCGCACGGGGUUGGGGGCCGCAGACUCGGGGUGACACCGGGGACGUCUUCGGUCUCUCAGAGCGGGACUAAAUGA